AUGAAUAAACCUAUUAUUGUUGACGGCUUAUUUCCACGUGUGACUAUUCAAAUUGUCGAACUUCUCAACAAUAUCCCGCCAAGGUUGGAAUUCCAUUGUGUUGUGGACAAGUUAUCGAGAGAUUCUCCCAUCACCACCGCGCAGUUAUGCUUUGAGACUCCCUCUUCUUCAAAAUUGAGUUGCGAUGAUGCCCUUGGAAGUUCUUAUUUACUUCCUGAAAAAUACAAAUUCAAAUCCUCUGGGGAUGUUUACACCGGUUACGUCUUUACUUCGAAUUGGGUUCGAGAUAACUUCCCUUUAGACGCAACAUAUUUUUGCCGUCUUGGGAAUAGCAAUGGUGUUAUCCAGUCUAACAUGAUUGAGGUACAGGACUUGGAUUCCUAUGUCGCUGCUUUCAGUAAGCGAAAGCCACUCGAUCCUGUUCUUCUUGACCCCAUAGUUGGGAGUCAUUUUCCCUUAUCACUUGAAUGCGGAAACCCAAUCUAUCCUGUCGAUUUGCCCGCCUGGGCCAAGCAAACAUUCCGGGUCCCCUAUGACUGGGUUGUGUGCGAGGCAGACGUCGACAGUCAACUAGAACUACGCAAGUGUUAUGAUCGGUCGGAACCGAUUGUAUCCUAUUUUGACCACACAGUCCUUCCGAAUGGAACACUUAUCAUACACGAAUUGGCAAAAGACUGGCGCCCUAUAGGCAUCCUCUGUAUUAGUUCUUUUAUACGGAAUAUGGUCUUUUCUGCGUACUUCCAGAACAACGAUGGAAAGCCAGCUCCCUUUACAUUCAUAACAGGCAGUUAUCCAAAUCAAAUAAUCCCACACUCACCUCAGUAUGACCGCGUCACUCUUCGAAGCGGAUGGCAUGCCCGUGAUGCCAUAACUUUGAACGCCCUAUACACUGCGAACCCUAAAAUUGUUACUGCGAAAUGGACAAAAGAUGAGGGCCCCCUUCCACUACAGAUUACAGGGAGCCGCCACUCAUUGACGUUUCCUCAAGACAUUAAGCCAUCUUAUGCUGGCACCUAUGUGUUGUCCCUUAAAACCCCGUAUGAAACUCUUCGCUUCAAAUAUGAGGUCCUAGUCGAACAACCGCCAGUAAUCAAACAGGAUCCACCGCGCGAUGUCUUUGUGCUCCAAGGUCACCAGGCCCAGUUGACCGCUGAAUUUGAUGGUCACAUUACAUCCAGAUCCGUCUUCAUUAAUGGCAUACCGAUCGACACAUUGUCCGCUUCCAAUUACCGUGAAUCACUGCGCUUGUUACGAGACUCCUUCCCCUACAUUGGAGAACUCAAUCCUGAGAUCGAAUUCCCUUCGGAGUCGUCGAUUCGCUACACCGUUCGGGACCUCGCCUUCACGCCGAAUUCACCUUACGGUGCUUCCCACACGGUCACCAUGGUGGCCGCCAACUCCCUCGGUUCUGUGCGCACCAACACCCUCAUUCGGGUGCUACCGGUGCCAGAGGUGUUGCACCAGCUGUCUGAAUACAGUUGUGUGGAGGACUGCUUCAAUCACACUACUCACCGCUUCUACUGCGACAUUGAAUUGGCUCCCUACUCUGGACUGCGGGUGGUCAAAACAUGGGAACUGGAUGGCCAAGACCUUGAGCGUCUGGAUCCGCGCGACAACCGACUCACCUUUUUGAACCACUCUAGCCGUGAGGUCGUCUUGAACAUCGUCCAGGGUGAUUCGGACUUUGACGAACUCUUCGCCAAUGUUGACUUGAGCUGUCGUUUCCGUGUUUUUGGCCCGGAGACUGAGCUGUUUGCCGGUCACAUGUACGAGACACCAUUGUACGAUACCAAAAGCGAUCCCAAUCUUCACGGGAUGCUUACCGCGCACAUUCGAAAGUACCCUUCUAGCUUAAAAAUAGGUGUCAUUAGGUGUCCUCUCGUUGAGUAUCGUCUCUCCUUAGCUGAAAUUGAUUUUAUGCCGCUGGCACCGGAAAUUCUCAACACUCAAUUGCAGCGGCCUCCCGUGCUACCGUCUACGCCAAAACGUUUGCUCUCUAGCCCUCCUCCCGUUCGCGACAGAUGCCAAGCCUGGUCUAAGCUCGCGACCGGCGCUCUCAGCGUUUGGCUUGUGCGUGUUCAUGCCCUCAACGUGGCCAGCAUCUCAUGGAUUGUCGCAGUGGUCAUCGCCGUUCUGAUUUUGCUGAUCGUCGCAGUUCUCGCUGUCUGCAUCGUAAUGCGCAACAAGGGCAAAACCUACAUGCUUGAACGCGAAGAACUGGUUCGUGGAAACGAUCCGGAGAAGGAGUUUCGUGACCGAGCUGCUUUCCAGGACUACGAACGAUGCGACGAACCACCGGUUCUUGGCUGCAAUCAAUCUCUCGAGGAUGCAUUCCAGGAAGUUGGGAGCGAAGAUGAAGGUGAACUCGAGUUUUAUGGCACAGAUCCUGCUGAACUCACCUUGAUUGUCUUUUGCGACGUAGCACUUCACCGACGAGGUACUCCAGCAUUCUCACCCUUUCAUGGCAGCGUAAUUUGGUGUUGGCGUAACCUCACCACGCUGGACGCUUGUUGCUUUCUUCGCUGCAAUGAGUUCUUCGUGUCGGUUAUCGUCUAG